AAGCUACCUCCCCCACCCUGAUCUACGCUCCAUCCUUCACAUUUCAGUCGAUCCAACGUCCAGAAGUAGAAUUUCACCGCCAUUGGUGCGGCAUCUGGGAAAAAAAGGGGACGGAAACAACACCCGAGAGCAACUGUGCAGCCUGCCCGUCAAAUUCACAAUGUCGGACGCAAACGAUUCAUAUCUUAGAGUUAAAGUCGAAGAUGAUACAGAAGCUGUGAUAUUUAAUGGAGCAGAAGUGAUGGACGUUCCAAAUGGUUCAUCGUCCCUUACUACUGAAGACCUUUCACAAGCAAGCAACCAAAAAAGAUACCUAACUGCUGUAGUUUAUGUACAGAAAUCUGGAGCAGAAGGCUCAGCUAGUGCUCCGCGUGUGAGUAACAAUGAAACAACAGCAAAUUCGUCACAGGAGUGUCUGCCAAACAGAAAUGCCGUUUCACCUGGAGCCAUGUCACAUGAGGCUCGACAUAGGGCCGGUGAAUACACUUACACGUACAGACCCAAAAGAAGGAAAAUUGCGAUCCAUAAUGCACCUCCGAUCAGAACCAGAGACACUGGAGAUUAUGUGGACUAUGAAGAAAAUGGCGACUUUGUUUAUGACUACAGUGCUGACUAUGAAUGUGCCAGUGAUAUGUCAGAAGGUUCCUAUGUUACCGAUCAGCAGAGGACACUGGUGGAGAUUCUUAAUUACUGCCAGGUAAUGUAUGCUGCUAUCCAGAGACUGGAUAAGAAAUUUGAUGUUUUGCAUCGUAGAGUCACAGAGAUGCCCCAGGGGAGAAUGAAACCAAUGUUUUUCAAACCGAGACUGACGACUGUAUCCUAUGGAAACACCCACCAGAUGCCGCUCACCAAAAUGAAAGUACAGAAGCCCGUGGAGAGGGAGGUGAGGAUCAGGAUGCCACCACCGGAUGCAGGGUCCCACCCUUCCCCGGUCAUGAUACGGGUAGAGAAAGAGCCAGUGGCAGUUCCAAUUCCAAGCAAUCCUGUACGAUCCUCGCCUCAGCCGCAAAUCGUGUACAGCAGUGCAAGAAGAGCAAGCCCUCCUCUGCCCACAAUUCACUCGGUCCAAUCUUUAAAAGAAGCUCCAGUACAGUGCUCUGGAACGGUUAUUGGCAUUUCUGACUUUGCCCAAGGGAAAGCGCCCGCUGAGCAAGACAACAGGGUACCUACGUCUUCAGAAGCCAGUGAUGUAGUGCAACCCACCAGAAGACCAUUUCAGGAUAGUUGUACUUCCCAAGAAAGAGAGGCGUUCAGUAAUGUAAAAACUGCAGACAGUCCUGCAGAGCAAACCGGCUUUUCCCAGCCUGAAGUUCCUUCAUCCUCGUCCGGAGAUACUAUGAGUUUAGAAUAUCUGGGUGACCCCAGGCGAAAUAUAAAGGUGCCUGCAGCCUUCUUAAUGAAGGCACGACAGAAGACCAAGCCAAAGUAUGUCGCACGUUACCUCGUCCGGAUGAUGUUCCCAAAGGACAUCCUGAUGUACAGUAACAUGCAAGGUGACAAAACUAGAGGAAUCAAACCACUGGAUCCUAAUAGGAUUGCAGCUUUGCGAGAGUUCCUUUGUUCAAUUUUCCCCACAUUCGAUCUGAGUGAGGAAGGCAAAGACUGGAAGAUUUGUGUCUCUAAUGUAAAUUCCAUGAUACGCAGUCUACGUUAUGAAAUCCAAAAAGAAGCAGACCUCACCAGUGAUAAUGGAAAAGUUUCAGCACCGGAAGGAACAAUGGUAUGUGUCAAUCUGGAUUCCGAUGGUGAGGAAGGGUCUGCCCCUUUCCAAAAACCUGAAGAAGCCAAAGCAACUACUGAGACAUUACGACAGGAAUGGCAACAGCAAGACACCCCGACAGCGCUUGAGAACGGUGAACAGAAAGCUUUUGAACCAAAAGCAGAGAGCCUCGGUAACCCAACGCGGCAAGUUCAGCUCCCAUACUCCGCUGUCUACGUCGCAAAGCAGAAAACCAGACCAGAACUGGCAGCCCGCUACCUAGUUCGACAUUUGUUUCCGGAGGAGGUGCUUGUGAGAAGCAAUGUGUAUGGAAACUUAGACCGGGGAAUAGCUCCUUUAGACUGCAACAAAAUCAGCGCUGUCCGAGAAUUUCUUGAAGAAGUCUAUCCAGUAUUUGAUUUGGGAGAGAACGGGCGUGACUGGAAAGCCUGUGUGGCUGCUAUAAAUAGUUCCAUUCGCAGCAUAAGACAUGACCUCAGGAAGUCCCUGCCUGGCUAUUACAAGAAACAGCACCCUCAGUAUUUUGCAAUGUACUGCAAGAAACAGUCAGGGAAUCAUGGCAACAAAACCAGCACUCCUCAGAACAACAAUUCCCAAGAGAACUUCAAUGGAGACACAAACAUCCUCUGAGCACUGUUUCAGAAGAGCUGAAAUGUUGAAAAUGAAAAAGCAGUUGUGCUCCAUAUAAUUUUCAAGAGCAUAUGGACUUGUUUAUGAUCUCUUAAUGGCACACUCUGUUAUUCGCCAUGAGAGAUCCUGAGUAUAAGUCCGGAUACACUUUAAUGCCAUAGUUCUAUUUUUGAGCGUGCUCAAGUUUGCGUUUGUGCAAUACUGAAAUGUAUGAAUUGCAGAAAAUUUUAUUAUAACGGGUAGCAAAAAACUCGUGCAAGUUUUGAAAUGACUUUGCAAACUGAUGAGUCUUAGCUGCUGAAAUUUCCUUAUGGAUAUUAUUUAUAGAGAGAUGUAUCCUGUAUUUUUGGGAUAAUUCUGUGAUGCCAAUGUGAUACAUGCAUGAGGUUGCUUGAUCUUUGAUUUUACUUAUUUUGCUUUUUAUUGAACAUAUUUUCUGUUUUGAAUAUGUCCUUCAACAAAGCUGCCCCUUUUCAACCAUCUUCCCCACUACUGGAGUCAAAUGAAAGGACACUGGCCUUUAAAUUAUUUUCAUCUUCCAAGAUUGAAUAUUUUAUGUUGAUUAGCAAUUUAGGUUGUGCUGGAGCCCUAUGAAUUUGGGGUUUGAAUUUGUUUACGACAGAUUGUGAAGUCUGCAAAUGCAAAGUAAUGAGUAAGCUUAGAAUCCCUACAGUGUGGAAACAGGCCAUUUGGCCCAACAAGUCUACACCGAUCCUCUGAAGAGUAAUUCACCCAGACCAUUCCCCUCCACCUGUUGCUGUACAUUUACCCCUGACUGAUAAACCUAACCCACACACCCCUGAACACUAUGGGAAACUUAGCAUGGCCAAUUCACCUAACCUGCACACCUUUGGAUUGUGGAAGGAGACUGGAGCAAACCCACGCAAACACUGGGAGAAUGUGCAAACACCACAUAGACAGUCACCCAAGGCUGGAAUUGAACCUUGGUCCCUGGCACUGUGAAGCAGCAGUGGUAACCACUGAGCCACCGUGCUGCCCAAUUGCUAGAUUAUGUGGGAAGGGACAGGUGAAGCAGGAGGUUAAUAGCUCUGGAAUUUGUGUUUGGGUCUGACUCCGAGAACAUCUAUUUUUAUCAGUUGUAAAACUUGUAUGUAGGUUGAGUUUGAGACAAUCUGAACCUAGUUGUUUGUAAGCACACAAUGCCUUCCACACUCAGCCCUAGUUAAUGCUAAAUCACCAGUCUCACUCAGAGGCAAUAAGGGGAGGGAAGUGGAGCAUUUACCAUUUGUUCAAAGGAAAACCAUGUUUUUGACAUUAAGUCUGUUGCCUUUCAUGUUUCAGCAUUGAGAGGGCAAUUUUGGCACCCUAUUCAUUUAGCACCUAAUUUGUGAAUAUUUGUUGCUGCCAGUGGGUGUCAAAAUUGAGAAAGUGUUCCAGUACACACCUGUGAAAUCUGUCAUUAUGAGCAACUAAAUGUAUUAAUGUCUAGGAAAGAACUAUAAGGUUCUGAGUCACUGCUGUUUGUUUUCUGAUGCUUAAAUAGUAACAAAUAUGGAAACAUUAUUUAACGGGUAUCAUUUUGUUGAA